GGGUCGUUGGUCAUUUUUUGUUGGUGAAGGUUUUGUUUAUUUUUGUUGAUUCGAUUAAUUAGUAUUAGUUUUCAAAUAAAUACUUUUCAGCUGUUGCUGUUGUGAAUGCAGAAUAUCAAAAAACCCAUUAUGACAAUAUCUAGGCAGUGCCAGAAUUCUUCUGGAUUGUCAUACAACUCUGAAAUGGGAACACCAGUAAAAUCUGAUACUGAACCUGUAACUGGUAUGACUAGGAAACUCUUGCCUCUUGCAGCCUUCUUCAUGGCCUUCACAACUGUCAUGACUGUGUUGAUAGUUUACAUGGAUAAUAAUGCUAUGAGACAUUACCAAUUUAAAGUGAAUAUGAGCCAGGAUUAUGAUUUGUUAGGGGUAUCUCAAGAUAACCCUCAAUUGGUGAUGUAUAUAAAGGAAGUACAUCUGACUCCUGCUAUUGAAUUGCAUCACAAACCUUUGGAAUCCAAAGAUGAAGUAUCUCCAGAUACUUCUUAUGUAUUGAAACUGUUGAAAAAUAAGACGUACGGCGUGUUCGUGGAGGCAGGCGCCUACGACGACGGCAAAACCUCCAAGACGGAGUGGCUGGAAGAGAAGUUCUCCUGGAGGGGUCUCUUGAUCCAGCCGGACCCGCGCCACUACUUCAAUCUGCGCAGGCACAACCGCAAGCGCUGCCAGGCUGUCCACGCCUGCCUCAGCCCUACGCCCUACCCCAAGGAGAUCACGCUGCACCAGGAGCCGGAAGAGGGCGUGCGCAUCAACGGGCUGUUGGACGACAGCGAUUGGUUCAACACGCGGGUCAAGUGUUUCCCGUUCUAUUCGCUCGCGUUGGCCAUGAACGUCACCGACAUCGAUUAUUUCAGUUUGGAAACGGGCGGCACCGAACUGCAGGUACUUGAGACAAUUCCCUUUGAACGUAUCAGUAUCGAAGUUAUCGGUGUCCAUUUGAACGCCAACGAUACGGAGAAAGGGACCAUCAAGAAGUUCUUGGCAACCAAGAAGUAUAAAUUCAUGGAUAGGUUCAGGAAUUCAUAUAUGUUUAUGAUGAACCGCCUUGAUAUAUAAGCUUAUUCUAAUAUUAGAGGGUGAAAGUUUAUUCAUUAUUCUGCCAAGUGAUGUUCUAGGAUGACAUUGUUACCUCGGUGUUGCCAUUCUUAUUGUCCGGCAAUAAUUUUUAGGUUAACUUUGCGACUUCUUCUCAUCAAUGCAAUAUUCAAUAAUAAUUUGGGCACGUUUUUAAUUACAGCGAUUUGUCAUGCUCAUAAAUCGAAACGUUUUACCAAAAUGUAGUUGUAAGUCCUUCAACGGGUUUUUAUAAAAUCAUUUUGCUCAAAUCCAGACGACUGGAUCAUACUGCUCUCUGAAGUGUUUUCCUGAAUUGUUAUGGUCUUUACAUAACUGAGGAUCAAUAUGUUUCCUAACUUUAGGUUUCCAUAAAUGGAGAUAUUGAACAUAUGGAAAUGUUCAGACGUUAUUCAGUCCUCCAAAACAAAUAGGUGUUGGAGACAUGAUUCAUUUUCUAUAUACAAAGGGAUAAGAUCUCUGAAGUCGUUAAGUCCACAUAAGAACAAAUGACCAUGAUAAGGGAUCAAUAGCGAAAUGAGUGCCAAAAUAGGAAAACUCAAUAAAGGUGUAGCUUUCAUCCAUAUUCUGGAUACAAUAAGGGAUAUUGCUGAACAGUCAAUAUAUCAAAAGUAGAGAGAAAGGACCUACAAUUAAUUAGAUGGAGUGCUGAUGGAAAUAAUGUGUUGGUUUCCUCAAAGAGAACCAUGAAAGCGAAGAAUAGAAUGGCAAUAAGGUGAAAUUUCAGGACAGUGAUAAAUUGAGUCGAAAGUACUGCGCUGAACAAUCCAGAAAGGAUCGAAUGAAAUGGUAUCAAACUUUCUGAAGAACUGAAUUUUUCCACGUAGGCUCUCCUUCAUAUCAUGUUGAAUUAUAUAUCUGAGAUGUCAGUGAAACUGUCUCUGGAACUCUGGAAAAAGUCUCAGGUUGUAUUUCAAGAAAAGUUCGAACAAAUAAGGUUCUCCCAUCAUCCAAUCCAUGUCGAAAAAAGUAGGCAGGGGAUUGAAAGAAUGUUG